CUCCCUCCUGACCCUCACCCUCCCUCCUCCUCACCCUCCCUCCACCUCACCCAGACUCCCCCCCCUCCCCCAGUGAUGUCAUCGACCGUGCUGGUCCAUCUGGGCAGGUGUCGUCACGCCCUCCUGUCUGCCCGCUCACUCUCCGAGGCCAACGCCAUGGCAACAGCCUCCUCGUUGCCUUGGCGCUGCGGUGCUACGGCGACCGUAAGGUCCUGCAGCAGCGUCAGGUACGACCCUGACGGCAGCGGUCGCCCGGCAACCUGGGACUCAUUCGGUAUCUGGGACAACCGGAUAGACGAGCCCAUCCUGCUGCCAUCCAGCAUCCGCUACGGCAAGCCCAUCCCCCAGGUGUCUCUCUCCAGGGUAGGGACGGCAUCGGUGCUCGGCCAGAGGAAGCAGAACGAGGACCGACUCCUGAUGGGUCGUCUCCAUGACAACGUGCUGUACUUCGCGGUGUUCGACGGCCAUGGAGGACACCAUGCCGCAGAGUACUGUCACACACACCUGGAGACAGUCCUCAGAGAUGGUCUGGAGGAAGAGGAUGACUUGGAGAAAGUUUUGAUAAAAACUUUCCUGGAGCUGGACAAGGCUCUGCACACGCACCUCAGUUACUAUGGCAACGCAUCAUCCCUGACUGCGGGUACCACGGCGACGGUUGCCGUGCUGCGUGACGGGGUGGAGCUUGUCGUGGGGAGCGUUGGGGACAGCCGUGCACUGCUCUGCAGGAAGGGGCGGGCCCUAAAGCUCACACACGACCACACCCCCGACAGGAAGGACGAGAAGGAGAGGAUCAGGCAGAGCGGGGGGCUGGUGACGUGGAACAGCCUGGGCCAGGCCACCGUUAACGGGCGUCUAGCGAUGACACGCAGCAUUGGGGACUUCCACCUGAGGAGCAGCGGAGUCAUCGCCCUGCCGGACACACGCAGAACACACGUGCAGCAUCACCAUGACACUUUCUUAGCCCUCACCACCGACGGCAUCAACUUCCUGAUCACCGACCAGGAGAUCUGUGAUGUCAUCAACCAGUGCCACGACCCCCUUGAGGCAGCACAGGUCAUCUCACAGCAGGCGCUGCAGUAUGGCUCGGAGGACAACAGCAGCAUCGUGGUGGUCCCUCUGGGCUCCUGGGGCAAACAGCACAGCUCCAUGCACAGCUACUCCCUCAGCCGCACCUUCACCAGCUGUGGACGCUGGGCCUGAGCACACACACACACACACUUAGACACACACGCACACACUUAGACACACACACCUAGACACAUACACACACACACUUAGAUACACAGAUAAAAAUGUACAUAUUUGUAUAAAACUGUAUAUAAUGAUGUAUGUGUAGUAUUGCUGUUAAUACCGAUGUUAACAGGCUGCUGUGUCCAGGACGGUUUUAAGUCUAACUUAACUCCCAAACCUCUUCUCAAGUUAACAGCAAUGGUUAAUGCUCUACAUCAAGAGGCUGACAUUAGCAAGUAUAGUUACACUUUAAGCACAGCUAUAGUAUUAGAACAGACGGAACUAAGCACAGCUAUAGUAUUAGAACAGACGGAACUAUAUUAGCACUGCAGGUCCUCUGUUGGCGCUCGAACUGUUGAAUCUUCUGAAUGUCUGUAAAGAAUGUACACGACUAGGCUGUUGAAGUUCAACCCGACCUGGUUACGACCAUGGUCACGCCAUACCGCUAGCCAGCCAAUGAGAACGCGGCUCGUGAGUAGUCGGGAAGUUGAAAAUAGAUUCAACGUGACCAACAGCGAGUGACCGCCGUUAUAAGGUGUGUUCGACUUCAUGCAGCGCCGGCGGCUGCAGCCAGCUGCGUUGAAGAUGAGAAUGCCAUUGGCUGCUGAGAAUGCCAUAAGUCAGCCCGGCUUCAUGAAGUCGAAUGCACCUACAGAGGUUUUUUUCCGAUAUAAUGGAUGUUUCAGCUACGUAAAUGUCCUGCAUGCAGAGCUCUGAGUGACAUUAUUAUGAAAAGCAGGACGCGUCACGCGACCUAAUCAUAUGUUCAGGAUCAAACUUUUCAAAUAUUAAAAGCCCAACACCAUUCAGCUUGUUCUAAAAACUAACUAACUAAAAGAAACAUGACAUGAAAGAAUGUAAUAAUAAUUGUUGUAAUAACUGACAAUAACUUGAUUUUCGCCUGUUGAUGUUUGAGUGAAAUCAUGUUCAUGCGGAUGUGAUUCUGCUGUGUGUGGAGUUGAAUAAACGGCUCUCUAGAAACACAGUU